AUGGUUUCAUUUUCUGAUCAUGAGCUGGUUUUGAUCUUUGGUCUCCUAGGUAACAUUGUGUCAUUCAUGGUGUUCUUAGCACCCUUGUCAAACUUCUAUACAAUUUACAAGAAGAAAUCAUCUGAGGGUUUUCAAUCAAUCCCAUAUGUUGUUGCACUUCUUAGCGCACUAUUGCUUCUAUAUUACGACUUUAUAAAGACCAAAGCUACUUUGAUUAUCACCAUCAACUGUAUUGGAUGUGUUAUAGAAGUUUUAUACCUAACAAUGUACAUUAUAUAUGCUCCCAGGAAACAGAAGGUGAAACCAAUUGUAAUGAUACUCAUUGCCGACAUUGGUGGUUUGGCCUUAACCAUGUUAAUCAUCACCUUUGCUAUGAAGGCUAUCAACCGUGUUCAUGCUGUUGGAUGGAGUUGCGCCAUUUUUAACAUUGCAGUGUUCGUUGCUCCCUUAAGCAUAAUGUUACAUUCUAUAUUCAAUUAUUCACUGUUCAUGCCAUUUUCACUGUCCUUGUUUCUUACCCUCUGCGCCAUCAUGUGGUUUUUAUAUGGGUUCUUCGACAAGGAUGACUUCAUUAUGGUGAGGAAUAUCAUUUCUAUAUCUAUUUCUCAUUCUACUAAUUUACUCAAGAAUGUACCAUUAUGCUUAAGGGAGCAGCAAACACUGCAAUGUUAA